AACAAGUGUGGACCGAAACGAAGCUGCUAACAUUAGUUCAUAUUGUGUAAAGAUUGCAAGCAAAUUGCUGAGAUAUCAUGUCUGACGCGGAUUUCCUACGUGAAUUAAGAGACGACAUCGCUGACUCCACUCGCAAGAUGAUGGAAGAAGCACCCGCAGCAGGUGGUAAAGCAAAGGUGAAAAAGGUGGAAAAGGAACCCGCUAAAGGUACUGACCAGGGCAAAAGCUCCACAUCAGCCCCACAGAGUAAGGCAGAAGGAGAUGAUACCGUGGCGAAAGUGGCAAUGGAAUUGGUCCAGCUGAGUAUCGAAACCAAACUGGAGCAGAAGCUCGACAUGGAUGUUGCCCAGCUGGAUGUUCGUAAGAUGAAUUCGGACGAGCCUCCGCCCGGCAUACCGGAGGUAAUGGUCGGACCAGAAGUAAAGAAAAGCAAGAAGGAAGCAAAACAGAAGAGUAAGAAGAUUAAAGACGUUAAGCAGAAGGAGCUGAAGAAAAAAGAAAAGAAAAUGAAAGAAAUGCACAAGAAAGCGAUGGAGAAAAAGGAGAAACGAGAGACCGGCAGCUCUGAUGAAAAUUCGGAAGAUUCGUUCGAUGAAAAGGUGGGAGUUCAGCUUAACAUGAAUCAACAACAAUUGGUAAAACUAAAGAUCCAGAUCCAGAAAAUCGAAGAACAGAUCCAUGUCAUCAAAGAAGAUUACCAUCAUCGAGAGGCAAAGCCGGUAGUGAAUCGCAAGGAAGUGCCCACUGCCUCCAUGGACACGUCGAAAAAGGUAGACAAAUCUACGAUCAAGGAGAAGAAACCGAAGAAGAUUCGAUCAGAAUCGGAAUCUAGCAGACAAGAUACGAAAAGUAAACCGAAGAAGCACGAAAAGGUUGCCAAAGGUGCUCCUAAACGCAACGAACAACAAGAUACCGAUGGGGAAGCGUCUUCAGAGGAAAAGCUUUUGCUAUUGUUAUUUACGCUCAGCUCUUCCCAGCGUAGAAAGUACAUUGAGAAGCGCGGAAUUGAGCUCGGACUGCUUAACCCGCACCCGUUCAAACGACAUGUGGUUUUGGUAAAUGAUGGUUUUCAACAUCUAUCGCAAAGUCUCUUCUCGAAGGCCAAAAACUACAUUGCUCCCACGAAAACCAUCGAAGAACCACCUGCCAGCAAACCAGUCGAGCAAAAAGCGAAAUUCAAGCUCCAAUACAAACCAUUCGAGGAGCAGGUGAACUAUCUGCUGAACAAUGGCAAACAGGGUGCUGCUGAAAGCGACACUCCGGAGUUGACACUAUCGGAUGUCCGGGAUGAAGCGCAGAUGAUCGUGCAAGAUCGAUUGGAUGCUUUCGUCCGUCAGUUGGCGGAGAAAAACGUGGGCUACCUGAUGGAAGGGUUGAUCCGCAUAAAUGUACGUAACAAUACGCAGUCUUUUGUCGAUGACACAUCCCGCGAGGGAAAUGUUUACAUCAAUUCCAUCAUACUUCGCCGAUGCGCGAUGGAGGGUGAUCUAGUGAGAGUUUUUGUCAUGAACCAACCAGCAAGCCCGGAGAGCCCACAGGCGGCCAAUCUGUCCGAGACCGACACAGAUUGUCUGGACAGUACCAUAGAUUCAACAGCAGAUGAUACAAUUGUUGAACAGAAGGAAACAUUUUCACAGAACAACGUAGGGUUCGUGGUGAAGAUACUCGAGAAACGCAACAAGCGUCAGUGCGUUGGAAAAUUUUCACCCUAUGGACCGGGGAAAAAGCAAUACCGUACGUUUAAUCCUCGGGAUAUGCGCAUUCCUCCUGUGCGCAUUUUCAAGCAAGAUUGGCCCAACGCUCUUAUUGAAGCGCAGCCAACAUCCGCAAUGGAAGGUGGCGAUGGAGAUGGUAAAAAGGUGCCAGCGUCGACGGAUGUGACGGAGGUUCUGUAUCAGGCAGAAAUCAUCGAAUGGCACAACGACAUACCGAUCGGAACGAUCCUCAAGUCGAUAGGAAAAUGUGGUGUACUGGAGGUAGAAAACGAAUCCAUCCUCGUUGAGUACAAUCUCGAUGUCACACCGUAUGGAGAUGAUAUUUUGGCACAACUGCCUUCUGUACCGUACAGUAUUCCGCAGGAGGAAAUCGCACGACGCGAGGAUCUCCGUGGUGAAUGUAUUUUCACGAUUGAUCCUGCCACGGCUCGCGACUUGGAUGAUGCACUAAGCUGUAAAGUUCUGCCCAACGGCAACUUCCAGGUGGGAGUCCAUAUAUCCGACGUUACGUACUUUUUGCGCGAACAGUCUGAGCUGGAUGAGCUUGUAAAACAGCGUGCCACAUCGAUUUAUAUGGUCGAUGCGGUGUAUCAUAUGCUUCCAAAGCAGCUGUGUAACACUUGCUCACUUUUGCCAGGGCAGGAUAAGCUGGCAUUUUCCGUUUUCUGGGAAAUGCAACCUGAUGGAACGGUGCUCAGUACGCGCUUUACCCGUAGUGUUAUCAAUUCCUGUGCGCAGCUGUCCUAUGAACAUGCGCAAAUGAUGCUUGAUAACCCGAAAGGAGAUGGCUUGGUGGAAGAUCUAUUUCCGGAAAUUAUGCAUGGUCACACCGUACAAUCGUUGGGCAUUAUCGUGAACCAGCUGCAAUCGAUCGCAGUCAAGCUACGCCAGCGUCGAUUGGACGACGGAUGUUUGAAGAUCAACCAGCCGAAGCUCACAUUCCGCCUCGACCCCGCAACAGGGCGUCCGAUCGAUUACGGCGUGUAUAAACUUCGGGCGAGUAAUGAAAUGAUCGAGGAUUUUAUGCUUCUCGCCAACACUUCCGUUGCUCAAGCUAUUCAUGCUGCGUUCCCCUCGAUAUCACUGCUCCGCAACCACAAACCACCGGCGGAGAAUAUGAUGAAAAAUUUGGUACGAACACUGGCGAGCUUUGGGUACACGUUUUCCUACGCCACCUCAAAGGCGAUCCGCGAAUCGAUGGAUGCGAUCGUUAACGGUGCCGAACACCCGGAUGCGGCAUGCAGCGUGCUUAAUGUGUUACUCUCGAAACCGAUGACGAGGGCGUUGUAUUACUGCUCGGCGUUUGGCAGUGGGCCGGACCAGUUCAAACAUUAUGCACUAGCCAUUCCGAUGUACACGCACUUUACCAGCCCCAUCCGACGGUACGCCGACUGCUUGGUGCAUCGUGUUCUUGCGGCCUCGCUGGGCAUCGAUGACGAACCGAAGCGGACACCGGACGAGUUGCAGAAACUGGCUACAAUUUGCAACGAAAAGAAAUACAAUGCGAAAUUGGCCGGUGAUGCUAGUUCCAUGCUGUACUAUCGCCACUGGUUGGAAUCGGUCAAACAACACGAAACGAUUGCAGCCGUGUUGGGAUACGGUGCUCAUCAUAUAGAACUAGUUCUGAUCCACUCGGGCAUAGUUUUGAAGGCAUCGCUGAAGAAAAUAUCUGCAGUGGCAUCCGUGGUUUUCAAGCCAAUUGAUCCUGUUGGCAGUCUUCAGUUGAUUCCAAACGAUAGUUCCAUUGAACCAGUUAAACUGACAAUCUUCUCUAAGGUCCGCGUCACCAUAAAGCUGGUUCACGGUGCCAUUGCUAUAUGUUCGAUGCUUCCCAUGGCUGCCGAAGUACAUCCGACGGACAAGGAAGAAUCAAAUCCGCCUGCCAGUCAGAAAGAUUUCGACAAAAACGUCGAAAUGAAGUCAGCCCGUGUAUAUUAAUUACAUCAACUAUUUUCUUAAAUGUGCAAGUGUGACAUCACAGCGUAACACAAGCGCAUAUCAUGUUAGAAAAGUUGUUCAAAGUUUUAUUUUCUUGGUAACUCGACUUGAAAAUUGUCCUGCCCAAUUGAAAAUGUUUAUGGCACACGAGGAGCAGCUAGAGGAAUUGUAUAAAUGCUCGUGCACGUUCGUUGAAAGUAAAUUGUUUAUGUAAUAAAACUGGGUUGCGAAAUGCUUUAGGACAAAUGUUAA